CUAAUCACUUUCAAUCCUUUUAUUUAGACUGGCAUGUGAAGUAUUUUGAGUUUUGAUCUAUUAUACAUCAUUGCAGUUCUUGAUUAUUCCAUUCUGUUUUCAGUUGAGCAAGGAAUGCCCCACACUAAGAGGAACAGAGUCGAAAGGAAGCACACUAAAGGGAGACAAAUGAUUGAGUCAUACGGCGAUGAUGAUGUUGAAUACCCUUGUAAAAUAUGUGGUGAUGUUUUCAGACGUGAAAACAAACUGAAUAUUCAUCUUAUCAAAAUGCACCCGGGACAAAAGCCAUAUGUGUGUAAACACUGCUCUAAAUGUUUUAAUAGGAAAUACGAAAUGAAAGUACAUAUCAAAUUACAUACAAAGAUUGGGUUACUUAGGUGCUCAGUAUGUAAUAAAACUUUCUGUGAAAAAAAAGGUUUGACAAGGCAUAUGAGGAUUCAUACUGGAGAACGUUCUUUUAAAUGUGAACAGUGUCCCAAAACAUUUAUUGAAAAGGGCCAUCUUACUAAACAUAUGGUAACUCAUAGACCUGAUAGGAAGUUGCAGUGUGCUAAAGCUGAAAGGAAGUUUCAGUGUGAAGAAUGUUCAAAACGGUUCAAACUUUUGCAUCAUUUGAAAUCCCAUAUGCUAGUCCAUACUGGCGAGAAACUGUAUAAAUGUGAACUUUGCCCAAAGGCAUUUGCACAAUUGGGUAAUUAUAAUUCACAUGUGAAAACACAUUCUGAUAUCCGCCCAUUUCAAUGUGAAUAUUGCUCUAAAGAAUUUCGAACACAAAGAGAUAUGAUUGUUCAUAUUAGAAUCCAUACUGGGGAGAAGCCACAUAAAUGUGAAGUAUGUUCAAAGGUCUUUGCCAGUAGGGGUUCAUUAGGGUCACAUAGGAUUAUUCAUGUUGAAGAGAAGAAUUACAUGUGUGAUUAUUGCUCUGAAAAAUUUGUAGGAAUAAAACAUCUGAAUAGACAUAUAAGGUCAGCUCAUACACUGGAGAGGCCUUUUCAAUGUGAAGUCUGUGAACAAAGCUUUGGGUGGAAAGGUGGACUAACAAGGCAUUUAAUGACUCACACUGGAGAGAAACCAUUUAAAUGUCAAUUUUGCUUGAUAAAAUUCACAAGAAACUCUUCACUACAAAACCACUUAAAGAAAUUCCAUGGGGAUGAGGAUAUCCACAAAGAAAUAUUAGCCACCUCUCAAACAUAAAAGCAAUUAACUAAAUAGAUUGUUUAAAAUAAUUGGAUUUUAUGUUUGUAGGGUAACAGAAUAUUAAAAUGUGCAUGUGUUUCUCUCUCUUUUUGAGAAGGAGCAUUUUAUAUAUACCAGAGUACAGUUGUGAAACAUCCUUAUGGACUACAUAAGUGGUACAUAUUGAAACAAACACUUUUACGAAGAAUAUAGAACUUAGAGUUUAGCUUUUAACAUUUGUUGUUGCAAUUAUAUUUGAAUUAACAUUAAGAAAGGCAAAAGAAUAUAAAUAUGAAGUUAGUAAAUUUUAAAUAAAUAUAUAUUACUUACAUGUAUAA